AUGUCUUUGACCUCGAAUUAUCAACCUUAUGGUCAAAAUGAGACACUUGUCUCGUCUAUCCGUAAUAUUACAAAGGAUUAUCCCUCCGAAACCGAUGAUGCAGGAGCUACUAGAUUUCAUGUAAUAAUCGAUGCUCGUCGACACCCCACUGAGACUUUACUUUCAAAUGAAAUGAAGGCUUGGCAAGGACCCGCCAUAUUAAUCUUCAACAAUGCAAAAUUUAAAAAAAGCGACUUUGAUUCGCUUAUGCAGAUCCGUGUUGGCGGAAAACAAGGUGAUGACACAAAGAUUGGGAAACAUGGAUUGGGCUUUAAUUCAUGCUAUCAUUUUACCGAUGUUCCAAGUUUUGUCAGUGGAGAUUAUAUUGCGUUUUUGGAUCCACAUCAGAAAUAUCUGCCAUCAAAAGAGCGUGGUAGUAUCGGAAAUAUUCCCAAAGAAGGCAUCAAUGAAUUCCCUGAAAAAGAUCAAUUGGUUCCUUACGAAGGUAUCGAAGGCAAUAAUUUUCGUUCAACCUUUGAAGGAACACUUUUUCGAUUACCAUUUCGACAACAACCAAGUGAAAUAUCUGAUAGUAUUUUUACUACUGUUGAUGUUCUUCGAUUAGUUAACAGCAUUAAAUUAAAUGCUGCCUCACAAUUUUUAUUUCUCCGGAAUAUUGAAACAUUUGAAGUAUCUCACAUACCAGCAGGUACAUCACCACAACAAAUGGUUCCUCUUUGGAAAGCAACCAUAAUAGGAUUGAAUGAUGAUGUACGAAAUAAAAGAAAACGCAUUAACAAUGAUGAACUUCAAAUUUAUGAGAUGAAGGUUGAGUUAAUUGACAGUGCAAACAAGCAAAUAGAUCAUUGGAUUAUCGCUACUGGAGCUCAAAAAGAUCCAGAAGAUACUCAGCUGAAACAAUAUGCAAAGCGACAUCGAUUACGUAUAUUAGGUGGUAUUGCUGCACAGCUAAGUAGUUCUAAAAAAAGAAUCCAUACUUCGGACCAACCAAUUAAUCUUUUUGGAAAUUUAAGUGAAGUUCCAAGUGAAUUUAAGGGUAGAAUGUACUCCUUUCUUUCAUUACCUGACAUUACAAAUUUACCUGUUCAUUUAAGUGGAACUUGGGCUCAAAGUUCAGACCGUGCGAGGUUACUAAUUGAAAAGGAUGACACACCAGAUAUCGAUCAUCAGAAACUUAAAUGGAAUAGACAUAUCUUGCUUGAGUUCUUACCAAAAAUUCAUUGUGGACUCUUAAAAGAAAUUAUCGAAUUGCAGAAAAGUAAAAAAAUUAAUCUAGAAAGUAAACCUACAUCAAAAUUCUGGCCAUUUCCACCCAUUUCCCGAAAUCAUCCAAGGAGUAAUAGCGUGGACAUUCUCUUCAGUACCUUAGCACGUUCCCAAAUCGAAGAUCUCCGUAAUUUAUUGCGAAAUAACUGGGAUGAAAUAGGAGUGAAAUAUGAUCAUAAUCUUAAGACAAUGAUCCUUUCAUUGCCUAUGUGGCCAGUGCGCAUAAGUUCAUUAGAUCAAGUAUCAAAGCCAGCUUUAAAGCCAGUUUCAUGUGGAUAUAUUUUGCCAAAAGAAGUAGACUUAUAUAAGUUGAAGAAUAAUACAACAUAUUUGUCUUAUUCUGAUGACCUUGAUGAACGAAUUUUGGCAGAUCUUAAUGUUCCUCAUCGGGAUGUAUUCUCCUAUAUCUUUGAGGAUGUUGAAUUUCCUAAAAAAUCCGAUGAACAAUAUAUGAUGUUCCUAAAAAGUAUACUCAAAUAUGACAAAGAUACGCCUUAUCGUAGAAUUAUCCAUGGUUUAAAGGGAAGGCGUUGUUUCCCUACAGAUAGUAGAAAAACAUUGAAGAAAAUUUCCGAUCUAUAUCAUAACAGCACGAUUUUUUAUACCGUUUUUGCAGACUCAGAUGUUUUUCUUCACCCGGAUCUUAAUGAAUAUUCAGCAGAGUUAGCAGUUAUUGGAUACAAAAAUAGAAUCAACCAAGAGACAUUCAAUAAAUGCGCAGAAAAAAUCGAGGAAUAUCAAAAUCAACGCAAUCCACCGACUGAUUUACGAUAUCGAGGCUUCGUCUUGGUUAACUGUCUUUAUAAUAAUUUUCAAUUUAUUAAAUUAGAUAGUGUUGAACGAAUUCCAUUCGUUCCGGUUGCAAAAAGUUUGGACGAUCCUUAUAAAAUGUAUUAUAAACCCCCUAGAGAUUUAAAUUGCUUCAAAGAGAUAAUCCUUCCUAAAUAUAAAGAAAUCGCAUGGAGCCAAAAAUCAUUGGUCGCAGAAGAUAUUAUACCACCACCAUUUGUACUCUCAAAAUAUCCAUCACUUGGUAAACCGGAUGUUUUUACCGUAGUUAAACAUCUACGCUUUCUGCAUGAUACUCUUUUGAAUGAUGAGAUGUGGAAAAAUGAUUGGGGAGAUACAUUCAAACAUAACGUUUAUGAAGUUUAUAAGUGGCUUGACGAAGAAUGUUCAAAUGAAGAUAUUAAUUUGAGUCAAUACAUUGCACAAAACGAACCAUUAUUCCUUAAUUUUCAUAAGGACUUGAAUCCAUUUAAUCCAGAAAAUUGGUGUUCAGCAAAUGAUUUAGUUUUGAACAGUGAACCAGGAGAAAGGAAGUACGUCAGUCCGUCACUUUCCAAAUUUUCUAAUAUGCUCAAAUGUGCAAACGUCCGAGAAAUAAAACCACCAAAUGUAGAGAUACAUGUCAGAUUACAUAAUCAAUUUAAUUUUACCAAUUCAAUGUUUGAAUUCCUAUUGAAUCAAGAUCAGGCAACUUUCUUGCAUGACGUAGUUUUUAAUGUGAGUGGAGAAAUUAUAAGAACAAAUCGAUAUAUGCUCGCGGCUACCUCAAACUUUUUUCGUGAGAAAUUCAUGUCAAGAGAUUUUGCGGUAUCAAGUCCAGUCAAUCCGGUUACGAUUGUGAUUGAAGAUGUCAAUCCAAACUCAGUACGUGUCUUGCUGCGUUACUUAUAUGGGCAGAGUAUCGAAUAUGCAAUUCAAAGUUUAAAUGGGAUCGAUAUCAAUCCAUCUCUGGAAAUGAUAAUAUAUGAAGACUUACUAAAGUUGGCAAAUUCUUAUGAAUUAGACCAUUUGAAAGAUCUUAUGGAAUUGAAACUCUCGCGAUUAGUUUCGAUGUCAAAUGUGGCUUUUAUGAGACAAUUGGCAAUAAAUUUGAAUGCUAAUCAGCUUGAAAAAUAUUGCCAACAGUUUAUCAUUGAUUAUAAAGAUCUGAU